UUUCAAAGCUAGCAAUACAGCAAAUGCAAUGCGUCAUUUAAAAGCCUGAAAGAAACACGAAGAAAUAAUCGAGAUUUCAGUGAACAACAAGAAUCGCUACGUUGACAAAUUUUUAAUAGGAUGGCAGACAAAAGGAAGGCUAAAAAACGAAAAGAGGAAUUCGGAGAACCUCCCGAAUCCGAGAAGCCGACGAGUGAAGAGUAUGCGGUCGCGAAAUGGCUGAAAGCCAACGUACCAACCAAGAAGACGAAAUUUCUUAACCACCACGUAGAAUAUUUCACAGGUACAAAAGCGGUGGACGCUCUCCUCACAUCGAAAUGGGCGACGGGAAAGAACCCAAUAUUUACGACGCGGCAUGACGUCACUGACUACCUGCAUAAAAUGCUGUUGCACAAACUAUUCCAUAGGGCUAAGAAGGUUCCAGUAACCGAACAGGAGUUAAAGGGGAAGUCAAAGAAGAAGGAUGCGGAGAAAUCAGGCAAGAGUGGAGACGACGAGGGGAAAACUAGCGCUUGUGAAAGCAAGGACACAAAAGAUGGCAAAGAUAAAGAAAAGGAGAAGGAGAAAGAGAAGAAGAAACGCAAGAUCCGACUAGAGAUGCACAUGGAACAACUUUUCUUGGACAGUCUUGAUGCAUAUGUGUGGAUCUAUGACCCAAUGCCUUGGUACUAUUGGCUGUGCGGUGCGUUGGUGGUAUUUGGCACUAUUGGCGUGUGUAUGUUCCCACUUUGGCCGGCUACUGUGAGAAAAGGCGUUUAUUAUCUAAGUGUGGCUGCGGCGGCAUUCCUCGUGUUGAUCAUAGUGUUGGCGGUGCUUAGAGUGGUGGUGUUUUGCAUUGUCUGGGUUCUUACUCUGUCCAGACAUCACCUGUGGCUGUUCCCCAAUCUGACAGAGGAUGUCGGGUUCUUUGCGUCCUUCUUGCCCUUGUAUAAGUACGAAUACCGCGGCCCGGGCUCUGAAAGCGACAAAGCUUCGAAAAGUAAGAAGAAACGCAAGAAAGAAAAACAUUCUGAUGACGAGGAUGAAAAGACACCUCUUGUGCAAACGGAGCCGGCGCAAGACACUACUGUGGAAACGAAAGUUCCGCAGGACGAUACCGUCGAUACUAAGGAUGACACGCCAGAGCUUGUCCCAAGUACGGAUAAGCUGUCAGAAUCGGAAUCAGAAAACAGUCAACGGUCAUCCACAGACCGUGACUUUGAGAUUGUUGAGCCAGGCGACGUUGAGGAUCCCGACUCUAAAGAAGGAUCCGACACCAAGGAAGACCUUGACCCUAAAGGUAGCAAUACAACUUAGACGUAGAACUUAUUAUUACUAUAGGCAGGCAAUAUGUUAACUCGGGGACAGGUUGUUAAAUUAUUUUACUGAUAAAGUUGAAUGAAAAUAACAAGCAAUUUUUUUUUAAUUUAAACCUCUUACAUUAUUGGUAAUAUAUGUUAUGUAACAACUUCAAGUUAAUUAGUUGAAUAUUUUCUAGUUUGCAGAUAAAAACAUAAGAUGCUGAAUAUUUAUGUAUUUUUUCUGAACUAUAUGCACAUUUUUGUCAUACAAAUAUGAAAAUAUUUACAAAAGUUUUGUUUAUUAAUGUGGCAAGAAAUCGUAGAAGAAAAAGAACCAAAACUUGCUUGUAACUUUUUUUAUUUAUUUAUGUCGCAAUUGAUUUAAGUAACAAGUUUUAUUUUUCGUGUGCAUUUAUGAUAAAUGCUAGUUGGAUUUUUUACUAAACAAAAAUCUAAAAUUUUUGUUAGCUUAGUUUAUUUAUGUGGACCAAAUUUACUAUUCACGUUUUCCAAUAAACAAACUAAAACACCUGUCCCCGUUAGUUAUAUAGAUCGGUUGUUAGGUUACACAAAUUAGCGACAAUUUUCAAGUAUUUCAAUACAAACAGUUUAAUUAUGGGACAUUAAAAAUCUACAUAUGACUAUGAAAUAACGCUGCAUAAUAGUGACUAUACUCGUUGAUUUAUAAUCAAAAUGAGCAUAACGUCUUACUAAUGUAUUUAUUUAAUUAACUGAAUCAUCGACGAUAAAUCACUAACACAGGCGACAUUUCUUAGUUGGCGCAGUUUAAUACCAACAGUUGUCUUUACCUUACAAUAAAGAGUUCAGAUCGCAGCAUCAUAUUAAGAAUUCAAAAGGGUAUUUGACUGUAUUUAAAACAUCGAUUGCAUAGUGUUAUCCCUAAAGAUAAUAAUUUUUCUAUGUCAUUUUAUUUCAUCAAACAAAAUAUAAGAUUUUUGAUGUAUCCUAAUUGCUAUAUAUAAGCCGCAUUAUUGAUUGGUUGUCGCUAUUUACAGUCCUGUGACGUCACAAGACUUCAAUGUGGUAUUACAUAAAGAUUAUAGUCGCGAGUGACUACAAAGGAUCCUGCGGAUUCUUGGAAGGCACUUCAAACAUUUUUAGAAUAUUCCUUAUACAUAAAUUUGUGAGCUUUAAAAUAGCAUCAUGUUUCAUUUGAGACAAUAUAAAAGAAUCUUUCAAACACCCUAAUGUGUAUCCAAACCCUGAUUUUGACCAUCUAAGCAGAUUUUUGUAUGUGGGUACCUGCCAGUUACAGUUUUUCUAAUGUCCCAAAUUAAGCUAGUAUAGAUAAAAUAUUAAAUAUAACAAUUAUCUAAUAUAGAUAAAAAAUAAAUAAGUGAUUUUUUAUUUAGAUAAAAUAUUCGUGUUGUAUUCAUGCAUUUUUGCACAUUAUAAUAAAAUAUAAUAUUGUUUCUGUUUUUUUUUUUGUGAUUAUACAUUUGGUGCUGUCUUUAUAAUUUUUACGUUCAGACCGUAUUUAAUAUUAAUAAUGGGAAUGAUUGCAUUUUACGUAAUAAAUAAAUAUAGUGUAAUUUGUAUGACAUAAAGGUGGACGCUUACUUAACACGUCUGAAUAUGCUGUACAACUAAGAUUUUUUUAGAAGCGAAUGUCUUCCCUACGUCUACGGUAGCACAAGACCUGCUUUAUCCGACGCGUCUUUUAAUUGGCCGUAUGCAUUUAUGAGCCACCGCAGACGUACGUUUGACCGUCACAUUUAUGUAUAUUAUUCGUCAUACAUAAUCGUAAAAUGGUGCUAUUUAAUGCAUUUGUACACAAAUUCUAAACAAACAUCGGUUAUUUUGAAAGGGACUUACAUCACUAAUUUUCCAUUAUUUCCUGUUUGAUAGUGAUGAUUUGAGAAUACCUUAAGUUAGGAUUUCGGUACUACCAAAUUAGCGCCAAUUUGUUGAAAAUAUUAGGCGGAUUUUUUUUUUUCAAUCUUCUAUUGCUUUGACCCGUGUUAAUCUAAUGAAUGAAAUGGAAUCAUUAAAUUUGCAAUCAUCAGCUCGAUGAAUUAAAUAAAAAUUCGAUCCAAUUGAGUUUAGUUUUUACUUUAACGUUCAUAUUGGUGCCAAUUCCGCUGUCCGUAGAUCUGCUAACUAAAUUAAUUACUCAGGUUAAUAAAUUUUCUUUUUAGGAAAACAUUGCGAAAAAUACUGCUACAUAUGUAAAUUUAGUUCGUCUUUGUGUACAACACAAUUAGCAUCCAUUUAGCAGCAGCAAAGGGUGUUUUUAGAACUGUAAUUAUUAUUAUUAUUCUAUUAAGUGAGCGUUCAGCUUUACAGAUGCGUGCAUUUUUUAUGUAAGGUAAAGAAAGGGGGUCGUGGAUGACUGUAACAAUGCUAAAACGUGCAAAAGUAUAUUUUUAACAAGGGUCUUAAUGAAACGUAUAAAAUUAAAUUGUAAAUUUUUAUAUACUAUUAUUUAUUUUCGAACUUUGAUAUUUUUUCAAAAUCUUUAGUGUUUUUUUUUCCGAAACCCUUCGGCUUGUCAAUUAUAAAUGUGCUGCCAUUUUAAUAUGUCACUUCUGAUUUUUCCACCGGACUCUUUUAUAAACCCCUCAUUGGCGCAGUGGUGAGAGCUGUUUUAAGUUGGAGCUCCCGGGUUCGAAUCACGGCAGAUGCAAUUUGGGAAUUGAUAGUUUCAGAAUUUCCUCUGGUGGGCUUCGGCCUUGGCUAGUUACCACUCAGCGGUACCGACAAAUCGAGCCCCUUAGCGAUUUAGCGUACCGGUUCGAUGUCGCGUAGAAACCAAUUUGGGGUAUAGGUUCAAUAUAACUGUGAUACUCUAUUAUAUACAAUAGGUUAGUCCGCUACCAUCUCAGAGUGCAUCAUUACUUACCACCGUGAGUUUUCAGUCCUAGGCUAACUUGUAGUGGAAUAAAAUUUCAUCCGUUUUAUUAUAGAACAAUUGUUGAUCUACAAGGUGUAACAAGUUUAUUCAUGGACUCAAUUUAACGUUUGAAAAAUCGCCCUUAUUAUUACCAAAAACUUCUGUUAAUAGGUAGAACAGUGGUGAAAAGUAAUUUAUACAGGGUUUAAAAAAAGUACCAAAAAGCUCUCGGAAUGUAAUUGUUCACAUCAAAACUUAACAAGUUUUGUUCUAAGACUUUUUCUAAUUCGAUAAUUUGUGAAAUAUCUAAUAUUUUGCAUAGAUGCUGUAUAUGGUACUUCUCUGUAAUUUAACAUCGGCAACAGUGCGCGAACCACGACUCUAUCGUGCGUGCUUGCAGCGUUUUCGCAACAAGGAUAUGUGUUGUAAUUUCACUUUAAUGACUUAACAUAAAAUAUAUAUUUUUUUUUUGUAUGGAAAUGAAAAUUGAUACAAAAUUUUGAAAAUUCGUAGAAAGGAAGUUGUUACUUUAAGUGAUAGAAACUACAAGGCCGAGAGCUAUUUGUUUUUUUUUUUAUUAUAACCCUGUAUAAUAUAACUCUUGCAGUGAGACUAGUGUACUAGCGGUGAUAGAUCAGUCGACUUCACUUUCGGGGGAGCGAGUUCGAAUCCCAGCACCUCUAACUUUUCUAAGUUAUUUGCGUUUUAAGCAAAUAAAAUAUCACUUGCUUCAACGGGAGUCGUGAGGAAACCUGCUUACCUGAGAGUUCUCCAUAAUGUUCUCGGAAGGUGUGUGGAGCCCACCAAUCCGCACUGGGCCAGCGCGGUGGACGGACUUAACCGCCUUCUCAUUGUGAGAUGAGACCUCGUGCCCUUGGGCCGUUAAUGGUUUGAUAAAAUGAUGAGAAUGAUGAAUAUAAGUAUUGUUCGAAAUCGUUACCUGUCAAAAGUGGCAUAUUAAAAUGGCUAUUCUAUAGUUUUAAAAUUUUUCGUUUUAUGUUGUAUUGUACUCAGGUACAUCCCAAUGAGUUAUGGUAUAUAUCGAGACUGGAAUCGCGGAAAGAUGUUUUUGUCAUACUGCUUCAUAUGAAUUCAUAAAACGUAGUGCAUGUAUUGAGGAGGUAGAUUAUUGAACAAGUGCUAUAUGAAUUUUGUGGUCUUAUAAGUAAAAACCUCUGAUUCGAUUACCGGUACAUUUCUACAUUUUGGAAAUUAAAAUAUUUCCAAAUUUUCUAUGCCCGGCUUUAGAUGUGGUUAGUUACCACGCUUCGAAAACACCGUGCCGCAAAGCUAAUUAGCGUUCCGGCACGAUGGUGUGCACAACUGUUUCGGGAUAUGGUACAGCUGUUAUAUUGCGACUGCAGAUAGGUAUAUCAGCAGCAGAUGAAAUUACAGUUGGGGUCGUUAUGGUAGUAGAAUAAAAAAAAGGUUUGAGGCUUCGGCCAUGGUUACCAGCAUACGACAGCAACGUGCCGCCAAGCUGUUAUUCGUUCUGGUACGAAACUGCUUGAAAUCUAGUAAAGGAUAUGGGUAGGUCAGCCGUUUACCUUUUAUGACGGCCGAUUGGCUCAGUGAGCAGUGAAACUACUUUCUGAGUCCAAGGCUUCGAUUCAAACAAAUGGAAAAUGUUUGUGUGAUGAAAAUGAAUGUUUUUCAGUGUCUGGGCGUUUAUCUGUAUAUCAUAGGUAUUUAUGUAUAUUACUAAUAAAUUAUUUAACUGUUCUCUCAAGUUCCGCUUACUUUAAGGCUAGGAAGCGAUGUCUGUAUUAUCGCCAUAUAUUUAUUAUCUUAGACUGGGUCUUCAUCUCGCCUUAUCUUUAAUUUAAUAAAAAUAUUAGUUGCGUACCUAAUUCGAAAAUAAAUAUUCGAUUGAAUAUAUAAAUCUCAUACCAGUCUCGAUAUACCGUACUCCCAAAUCAAUAAUGAAUAGUAAUGUAAAUAUUUCUCUCGUUUUCAAGAUCUAAUCAAUGUUACAUGACGAAUUGUAUUUAUGACGUUGACUUUCGUUAAUCCAAUAAAACAAUAUACUCUAA